AUCUUUCCUCUCUUUCCAGCACAGACCAGGUGAAAGGUGUGCUGACACUGCAGGGAGACGCCCUGUGUCAAGCUGACGUGAAUCUGAAAAUGCCCCGAAACAAUCAGCUCCUGCACUUUGCAUUCCGGGAAGACAAGCAGUGGAAAUUGCAGCAGAUCCAGGAUGCCAGAAACCAUGUGAACCAAGCCAUUUACCUGCUUAUGAACAGAGAUGUGAACUACCAGUUCAAAUCAGGCUCCGAGGUGCUCAAGCUUAUGGAUGCUGUGAUGCUGCAGCUCUCCAGAGCCCGAAAUCGCCUGACCACUCCAGCCACUCUGACACUACCAGAAAUUGCCUCCAGUGGUCUCACAAAAAUGUUCACCCCUGUGCUGCCUCCAGACAUCCUUGUGAAUUUCUACAUUAACCUGAACAAGCUGUGCCUCACUGUCUACCAGCUCCACGUGCUGCAGCCCAGCACAACCAAGAAUUUCAAGCCUGCUGGAGGGUCCAUUUUGCACAACCCUGGGGCCAUGUUUGAGUUUGGCAACCAGCGAUACGAAGUCAGCCAUGUCCAUAAAGUGGAAUGUGUUGUCCCAUGGUUAAAUGAUGCCCUUGUCUUCUUCACAGUUUCACUGCAGCUUUGCCAGCAACUGAAGGACAAGAUCUCCGUUUUCUCCAGUUACUGGAACUACAGGCCAUAUUAAUUCUCUGUGGAAUGGUCCAAGCCCUUACAGUACUUGCAGUGUCUCUCUCUGUUUUCUCAUGCCAGCUGAGUCCAGGUCAGCCUGAGGAGUCCUGGGGUUCACUGGCAGGUGCCCUCCACAGGGCAGGGUCAGUGUACCCAGAGACACAGCUUUAGUAGCCUUGUCUGGGACUGUUGCACAAAGCAGGGCACCAAGCAGUGCUGGGUGGUUGGCAGGAGCUUCCACUUCUCCCUGUCCUCGUGUGCUUUGUGUGGCU